CCUCUAGCAGAGCGCGUCGCACGUAAGAGUACCGGCCGCCGCCCGUCAUCAGUCGCCGUACCGCGCAGCCCACGUUAACCUCUUACCUUUUAUUAGUUUUUAGUAGUUUUUUCAGUAGUAGGCCAGAUACAGCUACGUUGAUCAUAAAAUAACAGACAGCAAAUAAUAAAUAAUACGUUGUUAUCUCUCGUUUAUGGGAGAAAGCUAAGAUAAGGUGCAUCUCGAUUAUAUUGUGAGAGUCAAGCUGAGAAUUGGUUGGUCAGCCUUUAUUUUCUUGGACGAUUCACUGACAGAACGGGGGUUGAUUAUACGUUACGGUGGUACACGAGGCCCUCAUUGCCUCUAACUCCCCUUUAUUUUUCUGUGUGUGUCAGGGAAGGCGCGCGCGCGCGUGCUGUGUUACUGUUUUUGUUGUCAUUACCUUUUUUUUUUCUCUUCAGUUUGUAUUUUCUUGAGAGAAUAAGGGAUCAUUGGUUUCUUCUUCAAUCAGUGUGGCUAGGCUGCCUGUGGUGAUUACUCAAGGUGUUGCGUUUUUGGAUUUAAAUCGUUUGAGUUGGAGAUACUGUGAUUUUUAAAUUAUUGUGAAUGAAAAAAACAAGUUGGAGAGGGCUUUUAGCAACGAAUUCAUUUGUUUGAAGACUUUGUCAGUGUCAAGUUUUUCAAUUAAACCUGUGCGAAGGAUUUUUUGGAUUUUAAUAUGGAGCCACAGGGUCAAGAAAUCGUUGCUAGCGGAUCUAUGGCCGAGGUCCCUAAUGAUCCAGGGAAAAUGUUCAUCGGUGGUCUAUCAUGGCAGACUAGUCCAGAGAGCCUCAGAGAAUACUUCACCAAGUACGGAGAUAUCACGGAGGUUAUGGUGAUGAAGGAUCCGACAACGCGACGAUCAAGGGGUUUUGGUUUCAUCACGUUUGCAGAUCCAUCGAGUGUCGACAAAGUACUGGCCCAGGGUAAUCACGAGCUGGACGGCAAAAAAAUCGACCCGAAAGUAGCAUUUCCUAGGAGAACACAUCCAAAGAUGGUGACAAGGACAAAGAAAAUAUUCGUCGGCGGUUUAUCAGCGCCGACGACGCUGGAGGACGUCAAAAACUACUUCGAGCAGUUCGGCCCGAUAGAGGACGCCAUGCUGAUGUUCGACAAGCAGACUAGCAGGCACAGAGGUUUUGGCUUCGUGACAUUUCAGAGUGAGGACGUUGUUGACAAAGUCUGCGAGAUUCACUUCCACGAGAUAAACAACAAAAUGGUUGAAUGCAAGAAAGCACAGCCAAAAGAGGUGAUGCUACCGGCUAAUUUGGCGAAGACGCGAGCGGCUGGUCGAGGUGCAUACGAUUUUAUGUGGUCACUGGGAGCAUUACCUGAUGGUUUCCCAGCGGCAGCGUACGCGGCAUACGCGGCAGGCCGCGGCUAUUCUGGGUACCCUAGUUUCGGACUACCCUAUCCGACAGGAGCGGUAGUGUACCGCGCAGUGGGUCCAAGAGUUGGUCGAGUGUCCGUGAGCCCAAGUACGGGUUGCACCGUGGAUCUCACCAAUGGACAACUCACACCCAACAACAACACGCCCUUGCUCACGCAAGCUCUUUCUGUGAUGAACAACUACCAAGCAGCGCAAGCUGGAUUUCCACCAGCUUCACCACAUGGCGCCGGUGGCCAUGGUGGUCCACAGGGGCGUUCCUUUCCCGCUGCCAAUUCACCCGGCCCCAUUGACAUGUACAGUUCGAGUGCAGCAGCCGCAGCAGCAGCCGCAGCAGCUGAUUCUGCUGUUGCAAGCUACGUCCAGGCAGCAGCCAGUCCACAGCCACCAACCACCGCGUUUCCCGCCAUUGCCGUUUCCCGCGCACCGCUCAACUACAGUCCUGGUCCCCUGAUACCGGCGGCGUUUACUAAUGGCUACCAUUGAGCCUUGUUAAGACCUAACAACAUGAUGGACGAGAGGGCACAGCGCGGCAGGAUCGACUGAUGGCACAACGAGCAACAUGAGGAAGACGCCUUUCAGCCUCCACCCUUUGACGUCACUCUCUGGACACAAAAAAAAAUAUAAAUAAAUCAUGGAAGAGAUCAUUCCCAGGCAACAAUGGGUAAGCGAGUGGAAUUUUUGUAAAAAUGUGGAUCGGUCUUACGUCCACCGGAAGUGAAUGCAGUAUGGUGGGAUGAUUCAUGGAUCAGAACGAGUCAGCAAUGGAGAGCAGCUGGUGAAGACGGUGGGAAAAACUAUGGAAAAUGCGAUUUAAAAAAAAUGAUAAAAAAAUGUAAAAUGUUCAGGGAGUGUUCAUGAGCGGAGGGGAUGAAAGAUAAUGGUUGAGAGGGAAGAGAUGGGAGCACCACAGGCACCACACAUCACACGUCGCGUCUGUCAUACGAUAUGAGGAAUGAAAUAACAUAACAAGAUAUUGCAAGAAAAAAUUAUUAAAAUAUAUAUAUAAUUCUAUAUAUAUAUGCGCGCACGCCCGUUCUCCGACAUUAAUGAAUAAUAAAUAAAAAUAAACAAAAAAAAAUAUUGAUAACAAAAAAAUUAAUAAUUAUUAAUUGCUAAAUAAUUAAGCGGUUAAGUCUAUAAUAUAUAUAUAUGAUAAAUAAUUGAUAAUUAAAUAGACAACGUAUGAAACACUAGGACUUAAGAAUGAAAAAAAUAAAUAAUUAUUAUUAUUGACGAUGAGAGGAGGAGGAGAAUACCAACACACAUACGAACAAAGGAAAAUAACAAUUCAAGUUUUGACAUUUUGUUAUUUUUAAGUCAUUAAAUUUUAAUGGAUUACACGUUUUCGUUUUUGCACCCGGGAUGCUUUAAUGUGAAUCUGAAUGACACGAUUAAUUGGAUUAUAUUAUUGCAAUGGUUCAAUGAUUGAGAGUUAAUGUUUCGGUACCCAUUAUUUUUUUUUGUCCCUGAAUUCUCACUUUUCCUUCCCGGAAGUGCAGAUCAACAGAUGACGGAUGAUCGAUUGUUUUUCUUAACGAUUAUUUAUAUUGCGAUAAAAUUUUUGCUGAAAUGGUACAGACAAAUACACACAAAAAAAUCAGGUGGUCUUCCUAUUCAUUGGAAUGAACAUUUUUUGGCACUAUAUAUAACGAAGAUGAAAGGUCUAUAUAUAUUAAUGAAUUUAUCGAUUACUUUCUCUUUGAACCUCACAACAACACGCGCUCGAACAAGUUUAAAUAUUGAAGAUUAAUGAGUUUAUUUGCAUUGAUCCAGUCACGAUACGUAUAUUGAAUAAUUUCAAAUAUCAUUGUUUGCUCUGAUGAGUCAAUCGGUAAAGUGAUGAGGGAGGAUAAUACGGAGACACGUUCAACAUUUUUUCAAUACCCAACACUUUUAUUUCAAUGGAAUAAACAACAAGCCAAUUUAAUGAUUGCACAAAGCACUCACAAUGACGGUUAAAUAAUUAAUGAUUAUUCAUUUGCUGGUGAAUCCACUCGAUGAAGAGAAAAACUUAAAUUGCUUAGGUUAGGUUCUAAGAUCUAAAAAAUGUGCACAACCGCUCGAAAGGAAAUAUGGCGGUUGUGAAAUAUCUUGUUUUUUGUUGACACGAUUAUUAACUAUUUAUUACGACUAUUAUUAUUAAAUUUUUCAAAUAAAAUUAUUAUAAUGUGAAUAUAUGUAUGAUGAAUUAUGAUAAAAAAAAAACGGUUAUAUUGUAUUCAACAACAGGGUAAAAAUAAUAAGAAGAAUGUGUAAUUCCUGGGACGCACGUGUUUCAAUGGCGAGACGGCGGCCAUUUUGUCGUCGUUUAAUUGAUGAUUUUCUUGGAAGGUGUGAUUGCAGGAGGGAAGAGGCAAAAUCUGCCUGGUGUCAAUUCAAUCGUCAAAGUUAGUCAGUGAAUAAGGUACGAACGAAUCAAAUCUUUUGAAUAGUCGAUGAAAAUAAAAAAAUGAUUAAAAUUCCUGCGUUCACAAAAUGGCCGCCACUUUUGUUCACGUCCCAGAGCUAACCUAACUAAAAUGCGUGUAUAAAAGAGAUUAUACAUUGGACCAAAAAAAAAAGCACUUGGCAUCCACAAGAGAUUGUUUUACACAUUAAAAAAAAACACAAGAACACUCACUUACGUAAAAACAAAGUGUCUCCGGAUAAGAAUUUAAAAGUAUCCACUUCCGUUAAUUAACAAUUACUUUCAAUGAUUUUCAUCAAUGAACGAAGUGGCGUCGAAUUUUUAACUCUUUGUUUUUGCCUGCGACGAGAAGGAAAAGAAGAAAAAAAAAACAUCCGUAAGAUUAAAAAAAAAAUACCAUAAAACGAAUAAGAAAUAAAAUAUAUUUACAAAUUAAGGAAAAAAUAUAUAUAAAUAUUAUAUAAAAAUGGCGCUCUUUUACCGUCAAAAAAAAAACAAACCUCUAAAUAGCUUCGCAAUUAAUUCAAGAGCAAUUAAUUUUGUUAAUUAAAUGAAUGAAGCAGGAAUAAACGAAGAAUUUUAGCCAGGCGCAAUUAAAUGAAUUAAAUGAACAAGAAAUGAACACGUGAUUGAAGUAUCCUUAAAACACAGAAUGUGAAUGUAAUAAAAGAAAUUGAAGGGAUGGAAAGGGCUAAUAAUAAAACAACACUACAAGGAUAUAACACCAGCUCAAUGAAACAAAAUAAAAAUUAAACACAUAUUUGAAUUAUAUGAAUUGACGAAGGAAUAACAUUUUAAAAAAUGUAACGGACAAUUCACACUUUAGAAAUUGAAAAGAAAAAACGUUGUAACAUGUUUUCAGGCGAUCUGAGGCUCUCCGAAACCUCAACAUUAAACAAAAAAAAAACAAAAUAUAUAUAAAGCAUAAUAACCAACAAUUAACGAUCAAUUAUUGAAUGAGGGGAGAUAGGAAGAGGCAAAAUGAACGAGCAAUGAGUGUAAGCAAACAAAGAGGAAAAAUACGAGUACAGUCCAUAAGUUUAUAUAUAUGAUAUAAAUAAAUAUUGAAUUAUUACGUCUAUAUCUAUAUCCGGCAAAAAAAAAUAAUGAAAUUAAUUUUAAAGAAACAAAAUACAUGAACGCGUGGGAGAGGAAUAUAGAAUGGCAAAAAUUAAAAAGUAACUAAUGAAAGAAUGAAAAUUAAUUAACAAUUAUAUAUGAAUUAAAGACUAAGUUGAUUUACCAAUUACAAAACAGAAAAUGGGGGCAGAAAUAUAAAUGAAAAUGAAAUUGUUUUAUGCAUUUGUAUAUAAUUAUUGAUGUUUUAAACAAAUGAAUGCUGAUAUUAUAAUAUUGUAUUGUAAUUUUUUCGAUCACCGAUCAUAUAAAAACAAAAUGGAGGAGUUGACGCGAUUGAAUUUUUUUUUUUUCAGGACUGGAAAUUGUUGCAAAAAUCAUAAACUCUUUUGCCGCUCUUUCUUUUUACACUGGAAAUAAAUAAUGGGAGGAAAUAUAAAAACCGUGCGACAUUUGGAGAGUUAUUGGUAGUAAAAAAAUAGACGGUAAGUGUUCGGUCGUUGGAAAUUCAGUCGCGCCUUCUCUCCCAUGAUUCUAUAUAUAUAUAUAAAUAUUAUACAUAUACGAUGGUAAAUAAAAAUUUUAAAACGAGGGAAACCCAACAUAUUAUAAACUACAUAUUUAAUUAAUCAUAAAUACACAAGAAAUGAAUUCAAUGAGAAAAUCGCGAGGUAACGAGAGAAGGAUGUGGGAAUAUUUUGAAAUGCUCGGAGAGACAUUUCAAUUAUCCUUCGAUUUUUCAAGUAAUUAGAUAUUCAAAUGAACGCUAUUCUUCAAUUUUCCAUCAUCGUUUGAAUAAUUUUUUUUUUUAUAAUUAUCGUCUCUCUGGCCAAAGUGGGUGCUGAUGUGAAAAACGAGAGCUACCGAUGAUUAAUUGAUUAUUAUUUCCGUUCUCUCCUAGUUAUGACUUCAUAAAUUUCGAAAUUUUAAUGAAAAUUAAAUAUUAGUUCACCAAUAAGUAAAUUAACGAUAAUAGUAAGUUUCACAGGCACACGAGCACAUAAACAGAUAAACAAUGAACUACGAAAAUUGCAAAAAAAAAAAAA